UGAAAUUUGAGUUCAAAAUUUGUUAUCAAUUUAUAAAAAUAUGGCUUUUAACACAAUCGACUCGAACGAAUUUCGCGGUGAUAAUUCUGAAGAAAACGAAGAUUCAAUCAAGAAAAACGACAUCCCCAGCAUUAUGGACUCGGAACUGACCAGUUUCUCGCCCGGGCAGUACAUAACGUUCACUGUAAUCGUUGUCAUUCUGUGCGGCUUAUCGGUUGUGGGAAAUAUGGGGGCGCUGUAUACAAUUCAAAAGAGAAAAAUGCGUUUGUUUUUCCGAAGUUGCCUCAUAUCAUUAGCCCUAAGUGAUCUCAUUCAAACGGUCUUCAUGUCAACUGGAUAUGUAGCUCAAUUUUCAGCACCAUAUGUUCAAGUUUGGUGCCUUGGUGAGGCAAUGUGUAUUUUUAUUCCAUUUGUGACGACUGGAGCGAUUCUGGCCGGAGGCAUGACUUUGGUGGGCAUUGCCAUGGAUAGAUACUUUGCUGUCAUGAGCUCGAUCCUGGGAUCUUGGAAUCCAAGCAGGACAUUUUGUAUUUUAUCUGUGACGGGAAUUUGGGCGUUAUCUUAUGGAAUUGCGAGUCCAAUGUAUUCGGCUUAUUCAACUUACAAAGUAUACAUUUUACGAUCGAUGGGACUUGAAUUCGAAAGGGAUGAUUCAGAAGUGAUUGGAUUGACGUUGGUGGAAAUGUGCGUUUCCGAGAAGAAAUCAAAUGCAUACUAUUACAUUGUUGUCCUGGCCAUAAUUUUCAUUCCGACGUUGGUUGCCUUCGUUUGGCUUAACUCAAUCAUUGCCAAUAAAUUGUGGAUCCGAAGACAUUCUAUCAAUGCACCACCAGCUGCACCGCCACAACCCCAACCGGGAAAGGCAAGGGCAAAACUUGAAACUCCAACGCCAUCACCAUCACCAACGCAAACUCAAACACAAACACCAACAACAACUUCUUUGUCUGCCGCACUCAGUUUGAACAGGAAGCCUCUGGAGAAACAAAUGGAAAUCGAGCAGCAACAAUAUGAAUACGACCAUCCCUGCCAUUGCCAAGGGGGCCAUAAGAUUUGUUCAUAUUCAACACUAACCGUACCGACGACGACAGCGACAAGGAGCAUGGUGGCGACAACAACAACCACAAUAACUACAACUACGACCGUGAAGUCCCUGGAAAGGGAGACCCAUCUUCAUGAGCACGACAACAAUGCAAAAACCAAUUCGAACGUUGUUGGAGCUACCGCUGCUGGAGGCAACAGUGCGAAGCAUAUUAGUACCCGCGAAGCUCGCCACCUGCGAAUGUUCGCCAUUGUUCUGAUCCUGAUGGCGGUGUUCAUCUUCUUCCGGUUGCCUGCCUGGGUGUUUCUCAUUAUGCGAAUGUACGGGACCUACACGCGUCCAGUUCACUGGAUUUUGCAUUUCUCCUUCGGCAUCCUAACUCUGACCAGCUGCGUCCUUAAUCCGCUGCUCUAUACGUUCCUAGCUGAAACAAUCCAAUAUACGUUGCUCAUGAAAGGGAAACUUUGUGGUCUAAGGCGUUUCUUUGGGAAUCGUGUUGGGCAGAAUAAUUGUGGAAGAACCAUCCAACGACGACGACGUUGCCAUUCCGAUGAUGACGAUGGCAAUGGCAACAAGGACAAUAAGGACAACGACAACUACAACGGCAAAGACGACAACAUGACUCACAUUCCGAAACAACUUCAAAAUGUUAAAAAACUAAAUUUCAACUGCAAAGAUGAUGGCGAUGGUUAUGGUGAUGGUGAUGGUGAUGACGACAAGGGUCAUGCUAAAGAUGCUGAUGAUGAUGACUGCUGUUGCAAAGACGUCGUCGUCUUCGCAAGUAACGAUGGCGCCAAAAGUACUUCAAAGACAAGUAAUGAUGAGUCUAACGCCAAAGUAUACACCAUCCUCAUCCCGGUUCUCCAGAGGGAGGUUAUGUAAUAUGUUAAAUUGUAUCUAAGGAUAUGUGUUGCAACGACACGACGACGAACGUCGUCCUGGAGAUGUUGUAUGAUCUGAUGCCAACAUGCUUGAGUGCAACAUUGUAGUUGUAUAGUUAAAAAUGAAUA